UUGCGCGACGCGUUGGAAGAAUGUGCCGACGUGAGUUCAGAGCUUUGGAAUGGGGAUAUGAGUCAGCGUCUCCUUAUGAUGCUGUCCCAUCAACAAUUGGACGUUACUCGAUCACAUGACCAAGUUGAACCGAAAGAACACGUGGUAGACGAUAAAACACCGGAGCCCGUUGAAGCCCAGGCCGAUUUCGAUUUCUCCCUGGCGUGUUUAACUCAGAAUCGAAGUGUACGGUUUGAUGGUGCCGGACCAGUGCUGCCGAAUUAUGAGCCAAUUACUCCCGACGAUAGUUUGACUCAGUUGUACGGCUCUGCCUGGAAGUCGGCUGCCUCUGUGUAA